GUAUACAAAAUGCCUAAUUUUCUGAAGCCUUUCAAGAACAAGGGCAAUGCAAACAGCUCAAACGAUGGACAAAUUCCCACUAACAGGCCGUUCUAUUUGUCUCCAGAACAUCUAUCCUCUCAUGUUAGUGCUCUUGAGUCAUCAAACUGCACUCGAGUGCAAAAUAACGCCACUGCCCCUGUGACAAACGAAUUACCACUGCUAGAUCAAUACAGCGAUCCUAAAGACUUGAUUGAUACUUUCAAGAAUACUUUUCAAGUUGAACCAUACGGAAACGAAGAGGAUCAAAACUACAUGGUACCUUUCUCAGAGUCACAAGAGCAACAGCAGCAACAGAGCACGACUACUGUUUUGCACGAUAAGAGAAAAGACUCGCUCUCAGAAAGACUUGAAAGUGGCUUUAACGGGGAGGUCUACGAGAAUAUACCAACUGAGAGUCCAGAACAUCGGCAGAUCGAAGACAUUGAGGUCAGUCCCUCGCACGUAGAAGACUCGUACUACGAAACCACGUGGGGAAAUUACAACAAUAAUAACAACAAUCCGGCGAAUGGUUCUGCGGUUCCUGGGAGAAGUCAGCCUCCAGAUUGUUACCAGAACUACAACGCCCAAUUCUUAGGCCAACAGAGCAAUGAUAAUUGUAUGUACGAGAAUGCAAAAGUAUUGACCGGAAAUGCAGUAUCAGGAAAUGACAAGCGUUAUGCUAACGACAAUGUUUUUAUAACCGAUGACCCGGGGUCGACCCAAAUUCCAGUCAAUGAUAGCCGCCCAGACGCGGAGUAUGAUGUUCCGUGGACCUCAGCUCAUGCAGCGGCGCAAGCUGCUGCUAACGCAGCCUCCAAUCAACCGCCAAUGACUAGCGAACAGGACACGGGGAGACGCCCGGUAUUGAAAUCUUCUAACUCAACCGAUGAGUUCAAUCCACAACCUCCAGCUAGGAGACGACAUAAAAGUGGUGAUUUAGGGAAUAAGAACCUGUUCGCUAAAAUUACGCCGUCUACUACUGCAGGAUAUCAAAAUAAACAGCCAGCUAAUCAGCAUCAGCAAGACAUUCACCAGACUAAGACCAUGGAUUUCAGACCUGAAGACGAUUAUGACCAGCCUUGGGAACUGACUUCAGGUAAGAGGAAUAGUCAAGCUCUGCGAGGGAAUGAGUCAGGUUUAGUUUCAUCUCAAGGCGACAUGGGCAAAGCGCAGUUUCAAGACCCCACAAAUGACUUGAGGCCAGAGGAUGAUUACGACCAACCUUGGAACUUGACAUCCAAGCAGCCUUCGAAAGGUUUCGGUGAUGCUAGCACUUCGGUGGAGCUAUCUUUCAAUGCGAAUCAUCAGAAGCAACAGAGCAGCGUGAAUAGUGUUAAUACGGUGUCUACAAACUCGGUCAAUGAGGAGAGGGGAUUCGGAAGCCAGCUCUCGGCAUCACAUGCUAUGCACAAAAGUCACCAUAGAUCGUCGCAAAAAGUUAAGAAACAGGUUUCGAGUCCGCAAGGUGCAACUGAGCUGGUAGAUGCAAAUUUGAGCUUGGAAGAGCAAGUGUGGUACCAUGGACAAAUAUCGCGAGUCGCAGCCGAAGCUAGACUUAGACCGGCACCAGAGUGUUCGUACCUCGUACGCCGCUCGGAAAGCACUCGACACGACUACUCAUUGUCCAUCAAAAGUGCCUCAAAUAUCAUGCACAUGAAGAUUCAGUACCAAGAGACAAGCAGAAAAUAUAUUUUGGGCCAGUUCAGCAAGCCCUACAACAGCAUCCCAGCGAUGAUCGCGUAUUACUCCAAGCAUACGUUGAACAUCAAAGGGGCGGAAAACGUGGUGUUGCUUCGACCGGUUCCAGAUACUGCAGACAACAUGCUCUAGACGACGCACUUUGUGAGCGGAAGAAGAUUUCUAUCUUUCGGAUUUCAUAGAAACAUAAGCAUGAUAAUUUAAGAUAAGUGAGAUAUUGCAUAUUUGUAAGAAAAAUUUUGAUAUGGUUCGUAAA